AUGACGGUCGCCCGCACCAUCAUCAUCUUCACCAUCACAGUGUCGCUGGUGACAUUUGUAGCUUUCUUCGGACGACUGCCAGCUUUCAGAAACACGCCCAUAGGCUUCCUUAACCGCCUCUUCCUCAUCCACAUCCCUUCCGCAUUCCGAAAGCUCGAUCUUGCCCUCACCAAUGGCCGCAUUACCAAUGGUGGCGCCCGUCUGGGCAAUUAUCUCAUGCACGACAAGCACCCGCUGGUCGUCAUCUUCUUCCUCGGCCUCGUAACCGCAUGCGCGACGUUAUUCCUGCCCACCGUUUGGCACCUCAUCCGACCGCAUCACAAGCUCCUAGCCUUCGUUCUGCUGCCGCAGCCGUACAUGUUCCUAUAUCUCAGCGCGAAAAGCAACAGCCAGACAUACAUCACCACGCUCAAUCAUGCCGAGCAGAUGCGACACUACCCGUACGACAGGGUCCUAUACUAUCCAGGCACGCCGUGCCGGACGUGCAAGUUCCUGAAGCCGGCGCGGAGGCGGGGCAACUACAAGUGGUUCCUAGCCCUGUUGCUAUCCACCGGCAUACUGAUCGCGUACGGCGCAUACCUGGCUUACUACAGCCUUUCGCCUUUGGUCUACAGACAUUAUCUGAAGUACGAAGGAUGGUACAGAUACAGCCCCAAGCAAGGCGUAAACACGAAGAGCUGGUUUGGAUACUUUGACAGGAAGACUCACUACUUCCUGAUCUACGCAACCAUCUACCUCGACAUGGGCGGUGUGCGCGGGUCUGGGGUCGGACUGCUGGCUCUUCUCACAUGGCCGCUUCCGUUAGGCCUGCUCGCAUACCACGUCUACCUGAUCUGGGCCGGCAUGACUACGAACGAGAGCGCCAAGUGGGCGGACUGGCGAGACGACAUGGCCGAUGGCGUCGUUUUCCUGGGCCAUAGGCGGGAGGAUACCAUGCAAGAAUAUCGCUCAGCAGCACCUGCACGGGAACACACACAUGCCUCAGCACAUUCUUCUUCGUCGACGUCACCCUUCCCGACUCCUCCGGAAACCCCGCCAGAAGACGAAGAGCCGCCAACGACUUGGCCGCUGGAAAGCAGACACAUACUCAUACGCACGCGAAAUGGGCAGCCGCCCAAAACACUGCCGAGCCGCAUACAGUCAGUUGCUAGAGAAGAUAGCUUCGAGCGCGUGUGGAAUCUAGCGGCCGUUGAAAAUGUGUACGAUCUGGGUUUCUGGGAUAACAUUGUGGAGGUCCUUUCGAACUAG